CCAUGUCCACGCUCUUCCCCUCACUGCUGCCCCGCCUCACCGAGUCGCUCUGGUUCAAUCUCGACCGGCCGUGCGUUGAUGAGACCGAGCUGCAGCAGCAGGAGCAGCAGCACCAGGCCUGGCUGCAGAGCAUCGCUGAGAAGGACAACAACUUGGUGCCCAUAGGAAAGCCAGCAUCUGAGCACUAUGAUGAGGAGGAAGAGGAGGAUGAUGAAGAUGAUGAAGACAGCGAAGAAGACUCAGAAGAUGAUGAGGACAUGCAGGAUAUGGACGAGAUGAAUGAUUAUAAUGAGUCUCCUGAUGAUGGGGAGAUCAAUGAGGUGGACAUGGAGGGGACAGAGCAGGAUCAGGACCAGUGGAUGAUCUGAUUCUGCCACAACCGCACCAAACUGGAGGCUGAGGGAGAACCUUUGCCCCCCCAGGGCUCUAGGGGACAGUUCAGUGAAGCUCCUCUUGCCACAGGUGCUACGUGGGGCAGGGGGUUCAGAGGCAAGGCCCCUCACCCAGGGGAGCCAGAGGGGAGACUGCCACCCAGCACAUUGGAGCUGACACAUCUUUUUUUCUAAUAAACUGUUUGAGAGUAAACAA